GGAGGGCAGAGCUACAUAGGCAGGCAGGCGCUGCUUGGGCUCCGCUGUCAGCACAGAGGACCUCAGUCGUGCCUGAGGGCCGCUUGGCCACCAUUGCCGGAGACCGGAGGGCGCCGCCUCGCAACCCUGACUUACCGGCACUGGACCCGGACUGUUCCAAGUGGCUGUUGUGCUAUCUUUUCCCUGGGAGACUUCCCGGACUCUGAAGAAACAGUUUCAAGCAGGAUGCUUUUCCCCACCUCUGCGCAAGAUUCUCCCCGUGGCCUCCCAGAUGCAAAUGACUUGUGCCUUGGCCUGCAGUCCCUCAGCCUCACAGGCUGGGACCGACCCUGGAGCACCCAGGACUCGGAUUCCUCAGCCCAGAGCAGCACACACUCGGUACUGAGCAUGCUUCAUAGUCCACUGGGCAGUGUCCUGGGGAAGCCCCCUUUGAGCUUCCUGCCUCUGGACACCCUGGGACCUGACUUGGACAAGUUCCCAGCACCCUCAGUUAGAGGAUCCCGCCUGGACACGCGGCCCAUCCUGGACUCCCGUUCGAGCAGCCCCUCUGACUCAGACACCAGUGGCUUCAGCUCGGGAUCCGAUCAUCUCUCAGAUUUGAUUUCAAGCCUUCGCAUUUCGCCCCCUCUGCCCUUCCUGUCUCUGACAGGGGGUGGUCCCAGAGAUUCUUUAAAGAUGGGGGUUGGUUCCCGGAUGGACCAAGAGCAAGCUGCUCUCGCUGCAGUCACUCCCUCCCCAACCAGUGCAUCAAAGAGAUGGCCAGGAGCUUCUGUGUGGCCAUCCUGGGACCUCCUGGAAGCUCCCAAAGACCCCUUCAGCAUAGAGAGAGAGGCCAGGCUGCACCGGCAGGCUGCAGCUGUGAAUGAAGCCACCUGUACCUGGAGUGGUCAGCUUCCUCCCCGGAACUACAAGAACCCCAUCUACUCCUGUAAGGUGUUCCUAGGAGGUGUUCCUUGGGACAUCACGGAAGCUGGAUUGGUUAACACCUUCCGUGUCUUUGGCUCUUUGAGUGUAGAGUGGCCUGGUAAGGAUGGCAAGCACCCUCGGUGUCCUCCCAAAGGUAAUAUGCCUAAAGGGUAUGUGUAUCUGGUCUUCGAACUAGAGAAGUCUGUCCGGGCCCUGCUCCAAGCUUGCUCGCAUGACCCACUGAGCCCAGACGGCCUGAGUGAAUAUUAUUUCAAGAUGUCCAGCCGAAGGAUGCGUUGCAAGGAGGUACAAGUGAUCCCCUGGGUCUUGGCCGACAGCAACUUUAUCCGGAGCCCAUCUCAGAGACUGGACCCCAGCAGGACGGUGUUUGUGGGUGCUCUGCAUGGGAUGCUCAACGCCGAGGCCCUGGCAGCCAUUUUGAACGACCUAUUUGGUGGAGUGGUGUACGCCGGCAUUGACACAGAUAAGCACAAGUAUCCCAUUGGGUCUGGUCGUGUGACUUUCAGUAACCACCGUAGUUACCUGAAAGCAGUCAGUGCUGCUUUUGUGGAGAUAAAAACCACCAAGUUUACCAAGAAGGUUCAGAUUGACCCCUACCUAGAAGAUUCUCUGUGUCAUAUCUGCAGUUCUCAGCCUGGUCCUUUCUUCUGUCGAGAUCAGGUGUGCUUCAAGUACUUCUGCCGGAGCUGCUGGCAUUGGCGGCACAGCACAGAGGGCCUGCGUCACCACAGCCCCCUGAUGCGGAACCAGAAGAACCGAGAUUCCAGCUAGAGGAGCACGCCUGACCCGGUGGCCUGUGGUGCCUCAGGCUGGCAGGGCAGGCAGCAGCCUGCACCACCCACCGGCCUGGCGACCAGGGAGCUGGCUUCCCUAGGACAAGGGAAAAUCGUAGUCACCUUUGCACUUGCUGAAUCUGUCUUUGUUUCUGCACUAAUUAAUGCACAAUGAGUUUUGUCGGGUUUUGUUUUCAGGGGGUGGGCCAGGGCAAGGACCCUCGGGCUCACCCUCCAAGCGACUCUGUAGUUUUCCCAGAUUUAGUUCCUCAUUUUGCCGAUGAAAAAAAGCAAAAAAGAACUACGUGUCCAGAAGGUAUUGACACGAUGCCUACAUCUAGGUUUAUUUAUUGAAAGCGCUUUUUUUACAUUCCUUGCAAUACCGACCGUGAUAUGAUGCGCAGGUCUCAUUGGUUUCAUUCUUGCAGUCGCCAUACAGUGCCUUUCCAUUGAUUUAACCCCCACCUGAACGGCAUAAACUGAGUGUUCAGCUGGUGUUUUUUACUGUAAACAACAAGGAGACUUUGCUCUUCAUUUAAACCAAAAUCAUAUUUCAUAUUUUACGCUCGAGGGUUUUUACCGGUUCCUUUUUACACUCCUUAAAACAGUUUUUAAGUCGUUUGGAACAAGAGAUUUUUUUGUUUGUUUGUUUCCUGGCAGCUUUUAACAUUAUAGCAAAUUUGUGUCUGGGGGACUGCUGGUCACUGUUUCUUACAGUUGCGAAUGAAGGUAUUUGCAACCAAGAAAAAAAAAUUUUUUUGAAUUUGAAACUGGAUGAUAAACGGUGUUGGAGCAGCUGCUGUAUAUAGUUUUAAAUGGUUUAUUGCACUGUCUUAAGUUGCACUUAUUUGGGGGGGAGGGUUGAUAGAAGUUUUUAAUCACAAAGUCACAGGACUUUUUUCUUUUGUAACUGAGCUAAAAAAAGGGCUGCUUUUUGGUGGGGGCAGAUGAAGGCUCACAGGAGCCCUUUCUCUUAGAGGGGACAAGUACCCUUUCCUGUUUCUUUCAUUUGAGAAAUGUGUGAAGCAUCAGUUGCAGUCGACUGAAAUGCUACUGGAAUUUAAAAACUUGACUUUUUCUUUCUUUUUUUUAAAACCUACUUGCCCCUUUUUGGGAAGCUGUGUGCCAAAGAACCAGUG